UUAUCCCAACAACUCUCACUCACUUCCCCAACUAAACUAAACUCAACCUCUCUCUCUAUCGCUCUCUCUAAAACACACACGAUGCCUACAACAACCAGAAGAAAGCUCCGGUUGAGCAAAGUCACGGUCGACAUGGGAUGCAGCUGCAGAAAACCUAUUAAGCUCUUCCAAAUAUUCCACCCUAAACCUAAACCCUCCUCCAAAACCCUAAAACAAAACAACUACAACCACUUCCCUCCUUCUUCUUCUUCUUCUUCAACCCCACGCAACAACAACAACAACAACAAAGUCUACAAAGACGACUGUGCUCCAUUUUUAGUCACAAAUUCCGACGCAAAAGCCACGAGGCCCGUCAGGGGCUUCGGUAGAAUCGGCAGCGAGAGCGUGGCUGUGGAGAAAGACUCCGGCGACCCUUACUUGGACUUUCGACACUCGAUGCUACAGAUGAUACUGGAGAACGAGAUAUACUCGAAAGACGAUCUCCGGGAGCUUCUCAACUGUUUCCUGCAGCUCAACUCGCCCUGCAACCACGGCAUUAUUAUCAGGGCAUUCACUGAGAUCUGGAAUGCUGUUUUCUCUGUCAGGUCUGGAGGUUCGACGUUGCUGCACUUUGCGAACAACAAGUCACGUGACUACUAGCUGAAGCUGUAUCUGCUGCACGUGCAAAGGGGGAUUGAGAGAUUGAGUUUCCAGUUACAUGUCGUGUUAAGAUAAAAGACAAGGGGAUUCAAUCAAGUUAUUUAAGGUCCUUUGUAAGGUUGUGGGGGUGCAUGUAAUGUAAAGAAAUAUUUUCGAUUAAUCAAAUCUCAUAUGAAUUAUGGAUACGAUUUUAUA